UAAAUCCCUUACCCAGUGGGACAAACCAUUAUCAAUAUAUAUUUCCGCCCAUCCUCAUAAUAAUUCUUGACACAUACACUUAUUUCUGUUAAUAACAUCUACUGUGCCAUGUACCGAAAGAAGAGGAGCAUUCCAGGCCUUCGCAAUGUCUCUCGGCGUCGGGAGACUAUUUUCAGAAAGUGCAGCGAGCUCAGUCAAUUUGGCAUUGAUGUGUGGGUAGUAAUCUGCGCUGGAGCUCGGAGCUCCGUUUUUCGAUCUUCAGAAUCUGAAUUAUUCGACUCUUUAGACCGCCAAAUAAUGCGUGCAUCUCAUCGCCCGACUUGGAAAGGACUCCGUGAUUAUGAUAGGAGACUACGCGAACGCCGUCCCCUAAGGUUGAUUGACCGGCUCGAAGUGGAUGUUCCUGCUAUCGCCGGUGACCAGAAAUAG